CCGCGCGGGCGCUGACGAUGUUGUGAAUGAGGGGAUGGAGUGACGUCAGCGGCCGAAUGUCAACAAUGUAGCGACGGAGAGAGUAGGCGUUCCAGUCGAGUGUAACAAACAGCGGAGACGGAGCGGCACGCCGCGCUGGAUCAACACGCACACACGCACACACACACUUUACGCACGUACGGAGGCGCGCACACAGCAGAAUCACAGACGCUCUUGUGUGUGUAUUUUUUUUAAUUUUUCUGUUGUUGUUGCAAAUAAUCAUCAUUACCGCGAGUGAGAAAUAAGCGAGGUUGUGGAGGAGGAAGAAGAAGAAGUCACCUCUCUGCAGCCGGGAGGCUUUGAGGAAACGACAAAAGCGAGUCAUCAUGUGAAAGAACUUAUGUGGGAAGCGGACAAAAGGAGCUGGAAUACUAGCAGAAUAGAAAGUAAAAGGGACGCCCUCCCCGUGCUCCACCGACCUGCCAAUCAUCUAUCUGACCUCGCAUCUUUCUGACUGAUAAGUGAUGUAGAUGUGUCCGCGCGCUACUCGUGGAUAAAUGAUCACUAAUCAGCCCCCGAAGAUGAAGGACAAAUCUGGCGUGAGCGGAAUGUCCGUGGAUGAGAAGCCUGAAGCCCCCAUGUAUGUGUAUGAGUCGACGGUUCAUUGUACCAAUAUCCUCCUCUGCCUCAACGACCAGCGGAAGCAGGAUAUCCUGUGCGAUGUGACUGUCUUGGUGGAGGGCAAGGAGUUCCGAGGGCACCGGGCCGUGCUGGCCGCCUGCAGCGAGUAUUUCCUCCAGGCGCUGGUGGUCCAGGCGGAGAAUGGCUUGGUCGUUAGCCUUCCUGAAGAGGUCACUGCCAGGGGAUUCGCCCCAUUGUUGCAGUUUGCCUACACUGCUAAGCUGUUACUCAGCAGAGAAAACAUCCAGGAGGUCAUCCGCUGUGCCGAAUUCCUGCGCAUGCACAACCUCGAGGACUCAUGCUUUCGCUUCCUGGAAGCUCAGCUACGCAGCGAGGAGGACGGCUUGCUGCUUUGCCACAAGGUGGCGACAGAGGCGAACAACUCCGAGGAUGAGAGCAUGCAGUCAGAGGCAGAAAAGCCCACCUCCCCCAGGGCACGGCACUGUCCAGAUGCCAUCACCUCCUUUCGACGCCCCGAUGACGAUCGGCUAGCAAUGGCUUUGCCCAGUAAUUUCACAGAUGGCCGGCUGGACUUUGAUCGUCAUGGAGCGUCAGACCUGCCACGAUGCCCCAAGUACAGGAAAUACCAGUGGGCUUGCAACAAGCACAAUAAUGACACCUCCUCACACACCAGUACCUCAGGUUUUCCAAGCACAUUAAAGGAGAGCAGCGUUAGCGGGGCAGUGCCAGGUCAGGGCAGGCUGCCUUUGGCACAGAUCAAAGUUGAACCACAGGCAGAGGAAGAGGCCAUUUCAUUGUGCCUGUCAGGGGACGAGCAGGACGUCAGGGACAAGGACAGCGUGACAGCCAUGGAGAUGGAUAACCCCAUAUCUGUGGAAAGAACCAAGAGAACCAAGUCCCCCUCCUGCCUCCGAGCCUUCUUCAAGAAAGGGGUGGACCUCCCCAGUCUGCCCAACACAUCACAGCAGCUAAUCGCCAACAGACUUGUCUGCCCCCAGGACAAAGGAAACUCUCAGGGAGAUCAUAAAAAAGACUUCAGGCCUUUCACUGGGGAGCUGGGUCUGUCUGUUACAUCCCCAAAGGAGGUAGAUGGUUUCCCUGCAGGGUUGUCCCUCAAAUCCGCUUCCUGCGAUGGGGUGUGCAAGCAGGAAGUUGAGCUAGACCGCCGUAGUGUCAUAUUUUCCUCAGGGGCCUGCAACCGUCUGGGAACCCCAGCGCAUUCCUACCCUGGUGGGAACUCUUUGGAGAUGGAGCUCUCUGAGCACAUGACAAAGGGCCUGUGGGCUGGAGCUAGCCAGUCUCUCCCCACCUCCCAGACAUAUUCUCCCAGCACCACUUCUUCUGAGCCCCCAGUCCUGUGCCGUCCACGGCCCAACACCAGCUGCCCAGUGCCAAUCAAAGUAUGCCCACGCUCGCCGCCUUGUGAGACUCGCACCAGGACUUCCAGCUCCUGCUCCUCCUAUUCCUAUGCGGAGGAUGGCAGCGGAGGCUCCCCCUGCAGCCUGCCCCAGUUUGAGUUCUCCUCCUCUCCAUGCUCCAACGUGGCACGCUGCCUCAAUGUGGACCAGCAGGAGCCAAGUGUGGGAGGGGAUGCCCUUUUUAACCAGGUGCGGCCCAAGAUCAAAUGUGAGCAGUCCUACGGCACCAACUCCAGUGACGAGUCAGGCUCCUUCUCAGAGGGAGACAGCGAGUCCUGCCAUGUGCAGGAGCGAGGGCCAGAGGUGAAGCUUCCUUUCCCUGUAGAUCAAAUCACAAAUCUUCCACGGAACGACUUCCAAAUGUUGGUAAAAAUGCACAAACUGACCUCGGAGCAGCUCGAGUUCAUCCACGACGUGAGGCGGCGGAGUAAGAACCGCAUCGCAGCGCAGCGCUGCCGCAAGAGGAAGCUCGACUGCAUCCUGAACCUGGAGUGUGAGAUCAGAAAACUGGUGUGUGAAAAGGAGAAAUUGCUGACCGAGAGGAACCAGCUGAAGGCUUGCAUGGGCGAGCUGUGGGAGAACUUCUCCUGCCUGUCGCAGGAGGUGUGCAGGGACGUCCAGCUGAGCCCCGAGCAGGUCCAGUCUUUACACCACUACUGCCCCGUGCUGCGGCCCGCCAACUCCACUGCCAGCAACAACGCUGCCCACGAGCCCAAGCCUGCCCUCAGCCCCACCACCACCACCACCACCACUGCCGCCGCCACCAGCAUCGACCUCACCAUCCACUCCGGCUCGGCAACACCGGAACCCAGCUUCCACGGGUCGCCGGGCCCCUCAGAGAGCGAGCCCGACUCGGCCGUCAGAAAUGGGGCGGACAAAGACACGGACGGCCAAGACUCCAGCUUGUAUACAAAGUCCGUGGAAAAAUCCAACCAGACGGUAACGGUGGAUUUUUGCCAGGAGAUGACUGACAAAUGUACAACUGACGAGCAGCCAAGGAAGGACUGUACUAAGUAGUGGUGGUCCUUUGUGUUGUUGUUUUUGUUUUGUUUUUUAUUAUUAUUUAAUUUUACUCUUCUGACAAACCCUCUCUCAGGGUUGUUGAGACGGUCAGCCUCUGCCAGUGUUCACUGAAAAACAAGCUUUGUUUGUAUUUAUGUCUUUUUGUGCUGUCUUUUUUUUUUUUUUUUGAACGGUUGACACUAAAGUUGUCUUAACAGCAGCAAUACUGUUCUCCAGGUAUUCUCCUUACCAUGACAGAGUGGGAACUUCUCACCAAACCCUUACAAUGGUGCUAUACUCACCCCGGCAGCAAACCUCUACAGUGGAGACUCUGUUCUUCAUGUGUCACACAUCACAACUCGAAGUCAAACCUCAUCGGACCUAAACAGCAGCUCUCUUUGUCUCUCCGUGUACCAACAGUAUCUCUGUUCCUGCCUUUAUCUUUUCCUCCUCUCCUGUCUUUCCCCCACUCUGUCUCUAUCAAUCUCUUCUACCUCUUUCUGUCUUUCUAUCUCUUUCUUUUUUUCUCUCUCUUUCUCUCGGUUGUUUUUUUUUUUUUUUCUCUCGCUAUAUCUCAGUGGCCCUUUUCGUCACAGCAAUUCAAACUCAGGAAAAAAAAUCCUCUGAAUGUUCAACCUAAUUCAUGAAAAAUGAGAAUACAGUUUCUGUACACGAGGAAGUUGUGAUGCAGUGAGACUGUAAAAUGUUCAUAUGCAAAAAUGUCUUCAAGCGUCUCGCAUUUGUAUUUCUGUACAGGAGAACUUUGUAUAGGCUGUAACCGAAAACAUUCCUCCUAUGCCUUCCACAGCACUGAAUUGAAAGAUGAGAAGAAAAAAAAGGCUUUUGCAGGCAGUUAAAUGGCUAUUUUUGUUUCCCACUCAUCAGCAAUACCAUUGUAUUUGGAUGUUGUAAUAGUGACUUUCAAGUGCUUGUUUGGCAGAAGUGUAUAUAGUAUGGAGCAUGAUGACUGUAACAGUGAUUUUGUACAGGUAGAGGCUUAGAUGUUUCUUUUCACCGGGGUUAUAUCAAGCACCUUUUUGCUAAGGGAAAAAUCUUUGCUUUGCUGUUUCCUGUCCUGCCUAACGAAUGCUCCCCAUCACGGUGGGUGUUCUUAUACUCAGGAAAUCAGCUCGAUACACAUGUAGACACACACACGCAGUACAUACAGAUGUCCACACACCCAUGUAAAAUUUUGAGCCCCUUGCAUGUAUAAAAGUUAGACAUUCAAGACGUGUUUUCAAACGCGUGGCUCAGGCCAGCUCCUCCUCUCCACCUUUGACUCCUCUUUAAAUGUGAAAAAGACUUCUUCCUUGUGUUCUUCUUUGUUCUUUUGCGUGUUUGUUUGUUUGUUUGUUUGUUGUUUUUUGGAGGAAAUCUUAUUUCUUAUCAGUAUUUAAAGAUGCUAUUUGUGUACACUCUCGCAGACACGCUUUGGUUUCUUCAGUGUUGCCAUUGUGAAAAGCGACGUCUUUUUUUAAAAAAAUUGAUCCUAAAUAAGAUAAAAUUGACAAAAGCAACACAAAAAUAUAAUUCAGGCACUUUGUUUCCGGCCCCAAGCGCUCAGAGCCAUUUAGCACUUCAAUAAGGGUCUUCGUCUUUUUUCAGACCCCUUAAAAGUCUGAGAAUGGAGCACUUAAAUUGGCACUUCAAAAGGAAACCUCUUGUUGAUAUGAUUAUAUGAAUAUACAGGAAAACAAAUGAAGAAUCUGAAAGCUAAACACAAAAGGAAGCUAAUGUUUUAGUAUAUGAGUGUUCACACCUUAUAUUUGUAUUUCUUUAGGAAUUGAAUAAGCUAAUUCAGACUUCAUUUGACGUGAAAGCAGUGUAUGUGUUGUCCAAAUGAUUGAGUAACAAUCAUAUAAGAUAGUAACAUGUUUGCCCUAAUUGUGCAUUUGUUUGAACAUCCUUCUUUGUGAUGUGCAUGCAUGCUGCCUAUAGCUAUAAGCCUAGUUAGUCGAUCUAGCUUCUGUUUUGCCUUGUAAGUUCUCUCUGGAGCAGUCUGCUUUUAAAAUGCUAUUUUUUUAAAUUUCUAUGUAUAAAGAAGCUGAAUUAUGUCAACCUCACUAGAGGCAGGCUUUAAAGUGCGAGCAGGGUGCCGUACUCUAGCACAAAGGUUGAAUUUAAUUGGAACAUAAAGCUUUGUUCAUCGCUCUUUGAAGCCCCAAUCCAAAAUGGCACCCCCUUUUAGCAUAACAGAGCAAAAGCUAACUUCAGUUAACGUUGAGCAUUUCUUUCAGUUUUUCUGAAAGCAGACGUGUACCGUUACUCUAAAACAAACCAGUAUCUACUACAGUACUUGCUAUGAAAAUUUGAACCUUUAAACUGUGAGUUUAACAAAGAAAAACCAACAAAGCAUAAAAAAAAGCUAAUUUACAGCUUGUCUAAUGUGUAACCAACCAAUAUACAAUGUUGGAACCGUGAGUUUUUCACUUUAUCAAUAGCUGUGUUUAAAAUAAUGAAUUUGGAAAUAUAUUAGAAAAAGCAAAAAUGGAAAAAAAAACAAAACAUUCACAAAUUCACUAAAAGUCUUGCUUCACAUGCUUUUUGACUUUUCCAGAAAAAAAAAGAGUGAAUAUACUUCAUGGUGAUAGAAACAGCUUUUCUGAACAAGUUCUAAUAUAGUGAUGAUUUAAUUCACACGAGUUAUUAGCUGGUUUUGCCUUUUUUUGUUACCUUCGAAAAGCAUGAAUUAUGGCCAAUUCAAGCUAACGUGAAAGAACAAUUCUAAUAUCUUUGAACAGUUGAAUAGAACUCCAUUUUUCUUAAAUAGCCAAAAAUGUGUUUGUUUCCUCUUCUUCUUCAUUUUUUCACCAAUUGUCAGGUUUUGUUCCUGGCAUCUUUAACUCUGUUUCUUACAGGCAUGCGUAUCAGUGCCUCUAGCGACACCUUCCGACAAUGUUACUCAUUUUGCUGUAUUUUAAAAUUUUAUUUCAAAAUUACUUGAUCAAUACAUGGAAGCACAGCUUAUGGUAUCUCAUGACAUUGAUUUUGUGUUCUAAAAUCAUCUAUCUAACUUUUUAGAAGCUUUGGGGAAUAAUUGUUGCUUGCAGUCUUAUAGUUCAACUGUGAAAUAGCAGCACUUGACCCAAACAAGCAUUUUUAAAAAAUCAACAAAAAAAUCAUACUGACAUUUCCAGUAAUGCAUAACUAAAAAUGUCAACUCUUUAUUAAAAUCACAAUGGUUUAAAUUCUAUUAGAAAGUGCUGUAGUGAGUUUUAAUUUUUGGCAAUUAAAAUGUGUGCCCUCACAAAAAGUGUUUGCUUAACCUUCAGGUUGAUUUUAAAGCAUUUAAUCCUUAAACAACCUACAUUCUAAUUUUGUCGCCAAAUAUAUCCAGGAUUGGGGCUUUAAAGUUUGGAUGACAUGAAGUUCUCCCCCCCCCUUGACUUUACUGAUGUAAAUUUUAGAUGUAGUUUGAAAUACGAUCUCAUGUGACGGAGGAAUUCUAAGUGUAUUUUACGAACCCGUCUUUAAAUCAUUCAAAGACUGAUCCCUAUUUUGUAGAGUACACGCACACAAACACACGCACACAUCCACAUAUAUUCAUUAGACACACACACAGUGCAUAUGUGUUGGCACAGCCUGAGUGCGGAGCAGUGGUGAUUCUUCGUCGACUGAUGUAGUUUCUCGUGUUUGUUCACCCCUUGUUUCCUAAUUUGUGCUCUUUUCAUUCAUGUACACAUAUUUACUGAACCUGAACAGUAUUUACCCAUGUUGGCAUUCUACCAGGUUCAAGCCAGAAAACUGAAGUGGGACGACCCACGUUACAAAUGUUUCUAUUCUAGAGGCAUUGCGACUCAUUUUCUCGUUUUCUUUGCUCGUUCUUAAACUGAGGAAGCCUGGUGAAAAGCAGUCUUUUUUUGUGACAUUUUUCUGUUACGAGAAAAGAAAUCUAGAAAGUCUGUGUCUCCUGAUGAUCUCAAUGAUCUGUAUAACCUUCUGUAUGUUGCUGAUUCAACUUAACUAAACCUUACAUUCCCAUAGAGUUAAGAUGAAUAGAUGAAAGAACGCUCUCCAGUUGUGAGAGCUUUGAGUCGAGACUUCUAAGCCCUUUUCGUCUUGUUGCAUACUACAAAGUACAACUACAAGCUUCCUCAGUUUCAGUAAUAAGAGUUAAGAAUCUUUAUUACACCUUCAAACAGUGUGAUUUACACUAAGGAAACUAUCAUUUCCUCUGUUGUUUAUUGGAGUUAGUCCACAAAUUAUUCUCUUUUGUCUCGCUACAUCUACUCAUACAGAUGGCUUUGGUUUCAUCUUGUCCAGGGUUUUAGGAUCUAUGGCUUUUGAUGUUUCUACCAUCACUCAAUCAGUAAAAAAAAAAAAAAAAAAAAAAAAAAUAGCAGCAGAAUCUCUGUUUUCGAAACAGUGUUCUUAGUCAUUUUUGGGAGGCAAUUCCAACAAAAACCAGAAUGGAAACAACAUUAUAUUACAGUGGUGGCAGAAGUCUCAAAACCAAAGCUAUCUGCAUUGACAAUAGCAAGAAGAUGAGAAAAUGUGUUUCAGUGUCAUUUUGGUGAACCAUCCCUCUAAUGUCUCAGGGUGCCAAGCAUUUAAACCUACUUUCUCUGUCACUCUGAAGCAGACCAUUUCUUUUCUUAUUUUUUGCUACUUGCUUUGUUCAAAAGUCAAACAAAAGGUUCCUUUCAAAAAGUUGUAUCAUUUAAAGCAGCAUUAAUUGAUUUUUAGUGGCCACUAAAGGGCAGCAGAUCGAGAUAUAAACACAAUGUUGGCCAAAAAGAAAAAAGACCUGGUGUUGUUAAGUCAUGUUAAGUCCCAUAUUCACUCUCUUUUAGCUCUGUUUUUGGUCUCCACCAUCAGCUAGUGGCUAAUGUUGUAUUGCAGGCCUUUGGAGCUGGGCAGGUAGCACUCAAUUAGCUAACCGGUGCAUUUUUUUGGGCUAAAACGGCUGCUACUGUAUAAAGAUUUUGUGUUUGCAGGUUGUCAAACCAAAAUAAUGAGCUAAAAAGUACUGAACAGCAGAACAAAGGCAGAAUUUGUGAUAAUUCUCUGCUGGUUCAUGACGAGCAGCUUAUUUCACACUAUUCAUCGUACCAAUCAUUUGCAUUCAAAUAAUAAUUAGUGCAGCUUUAAAACGAUGUUCAACAUUGAAUAUUUUGAUACAAGGAAUCCUUCAAGUGAUUUUGCGCAGGCCAACUAUGUUGUUUAUGGCCAUUUUCACAGUUUGAUUUUUGUGAACAAUUUUUUGCCGUUGCUGUAGCUCUGUAAUUGAAUGCUCUUACCUUUUUGCUGUGUAUUUGUCUUGUUCAGUAACACUUUUUUGUCGCUGCUUCUCUGAAACAAACACUGGCUUUUGCAACUCCAAAGGUUGUUCUAUGAAAGAAUAUGAACAAAAAAAAAAACAUGCCUUUCUCACAGAUUGCUCAACUUUACUGAAAGGAAAAGAAAAUCUGGUAUCCUGGUUGAAUGCGCAGGCUGAGAUCAUUGAGUCAAAUAUAAAAAUGGAAUAUGUUUACAAAUAGGUGUCAUGUCAUGUUUGAUCAAUUUUUGCCAUGUAAAAAAUCGCUCAGUUCAAUUGGACUGGUUUUUUGGUGUUGUGUAAGAAACAAAGAAUGAGUUUCCUCACCUUGUCUUUAAUCCAACUUUUGGGAUGGGUCAGCAUUACAUGGAUACAAGUGCACCUCCGAUAUUUGCCUUAGAACUUGCAGAGGCCAUAGUUCACAUUCAAGUGAAGUGAGUGUAUGCAGGGGCCUGGGCCCCCAUCCCUGAGUCACCAGUGCGGACUUUCUCACACUUAUCUACCUGUGAAAUCCUUCAUACCUCUCAUAACUGGUCAAUGACUGUAUCAGCAAACUGCAUCAGGUGUUUUUUCUACAUGCUUUUUACACAGAUUAUAUGGAUUAUUGUAUUAGUAGAUUUUGGUGCAUCAUUUUUAAUGUAAUAGCUCUUAAGCUUGUAGUUCAAGUUGUUGUUUUUUUCUCUCAUUUUUCUAGAUGACUGUUUUGUGUUAAUAUUGUCAAUUUGAAAUAGCUGUUAUUUGCUUAUUCUCUACUAAGAGUUCUUACCUAAUUUUUAAAUGCUACAUGACCCUAAUUAAUGAAAUGACUUAAUAACCAUUGUAAAUACGGUAUUGUGCAGACCCCAUUUUCAUUCAUUUCAAUUUGCUAGUGUUAUAUAAAUGACUUUUUUGUCUAGACACCAUUUCUCUUUAUGAAAUAAAGAAACAUGCAUAUCA